AUGUCCAGAAAGAAGCACGGAAAAGACAAGACAGACAAGACUGGAGUCGAUGAGGGAGCCUCGAAAAAUGCAGGACUGACUCCAAAUGAAAUGCCUGCUCAAACUUUUGAUGAAUACCAGUGCUCGGGCAAUGUGGAGAUUGACUUCCCUGCGCUUUGUGCUCUUCUGGAUAUGAAAGAUAUCCCAGAUGUCAGCACCAAGCAACCAGACUCCUCCACCACUGAAGCUGAAGGAGGGAACACAGAGGAAAGCCAGUCCCAGAUAAACGUCGAACCUUCCUGGCCUAAGCCUUGCCUCCAAGUGGAGCUGGAGAAUGAAGACUCACUCAGCACCAAGAGCAUGAAGGUUUUUGGAUGGAAAGUAGAUGGGCAGAUUGCCCGUGUGCUGAACAAGAUGCUUCCCUCCUUGAGCAAGCUGCAGAGCCUUCACCCGUGUUGCAGGUUUUGGCAGGCCGGCCUGACAGAUCGAAUGCUAAUCUCCCUCAUGAACACAAUAUCGUUGUGCUCAAACCUAAGGGUUGUGACAUUAGAGGGUAACCCUCUUCCUGAGCAGAGCUACCACCUUCUCUUGUCUGAAGAAAGCGUCCUCACUCAUUUGUCCCUGCGAAAUAACCGGAUAGGAGACGAGGGCGCACGUCUGAUCGGGUCAGCUCUCUCAACGACCAAAUCUGCUAACAAGAACCUCUGCUCACUCAACCUAGCAUUCAACUGUAUUGGCGAUGCAGGCGCUGCACAUAUCGCACAGGGCCUGCGGUUGAAUCGUGCGAUGCUCCUUCUCUCACUGUCCAACAAUAAGAUUGGAGAUUCAGGAGCCGCUCAUCUGGCUACGAUACUUGGUGAGUUUGCUCUAAUUCACGAGGAAAUUGUGGAGAGGAGGAAGCUGCUCCUGGAGAGGAUGCAGGCUGCAGCUCUUGAGGCUGAUCAAUCCUCUGCUGAUCAACUGCUCUCUGACCAACUUCCCUCAGCACCCGGCGGCAAAGGGGAGAGCAAAAGUACCUCCAAAAAAAAGGAAGCAGCCAAAAAAGAAGAGAAAGCGCCCGCCAGCAAAGAGAACCCAAAAUCUAACAAGAAAGCCUCUGAGCUAAAGGUGCCUCAAAGUAAAGGUGGAAAGUCGGGGGGAAAACAGAAACAAACAUCUACACAGGAGGAAACGUCAAACGCAGCCCUGAAUGAGGUCGAGUCAGUGGAGAUAGUGAACCCCCUGCUGGACCAGUCUGUGCAGCACAGGGACGGACAGCUCAUUCUGCCUGGAAACACGACUCUCACCUCCCUCAACCUGGCAGGAAACAGAAUAACGGAGCAGUCGCUGCCUCUGUUCCUGUCGUCACUGCAGAUGCAGGCCGAGGGUGGAGGUCUGCUCCGUCUCUGUCUGCAGAGGAACCACUUCCCUCCAGAGUGUGAGUCUUAUGUGAAGAUCAAAGAGCUGAUGGCACUCAAAGAUCCACUCAACAAAAACACUUCUGAACAGCCGGAAGAGGAGGGAGAGGGGGCGUAG